AUGCGGAAUUACCAAAGAAAGAGUGUAUUGUAUAUUUCUGUGUUUUUGAAUUAUCCGUAAACCCAAAGAAAUGUUGGAUGAUUAAAUCACAGCACCAGCAACCUAAAGCUACUACCACCAGCUCCAAUCUUUCUCUUCAAAUUCAAAACUCUAUCUAUCAUGCUACGAACUACAUACAAUUCUCAAAUCAAAAUUCAAACAUAUAAUAGUAGUAUCAGGCAUUAGCACACUUCAACUCACAAACCUUACGCACAUUUUUUGAAACAGAAAAUGAAGCUCUCCGCGUUGCAGCAGACUUAUCUCACGCGCCGGGCGAACAGCUUCAGAGGAUCGGCGCAGUUGGAUUCGUCCGGCGACGGCUCUGUGAAGUCGCCGGCGGCGAUUUUCUGGCUGGUAAUCCACGGCGUCUGCUGCCUCAUCAGCUUGGUUCUCGGCUUCCGCUUCUCGCGCCUCGUCUUCUUCUUCCUCUUCUCCACCAGCCUCUACACCGCGCCUUUCCGGAGCGGUUCGGAAAUCGCGGCUCAGCGUGAGGUGCCUCCGGCGGUGAACCGGACGGCGACGUCGGUGGCGAGCACGGCGAGCCGCGUGGUGGUCGGGCGGCACGGGAUCCGAAUCCGGCCGUGGCCGCAUCCGGAUCCCGUGGAGGUGAUGAAGGCGCACCGCAUAAUCGAGAGAGUCCAGAGAGAGCAGAGGGCUCUGUUCGGAGUGAAAAACCCUAGGACGGUGAUCGCUGUGACGCCGACGCACGUGCGCACGUUCCAGACGCUGCACUUGACCGGUGUGAUGCACACGCUGAUGCUGGUGCCGUACGAUCUGGUUUGGAUCGUGGUGGAGGCCGGUGGAGUCACAAACGAAACCGCUUCGAUUAUUGCCAAGUCAGGCCUCAGAACAAUGCACGUUGGCUUUUCUCAACGAUUGCCGAAUUCGUGGGAAGCUAGACAUAAACUCGAGUCUCGGAUGCGACUUCAUGCUUUGAGAAUUGUGAGAAAAGAGAAGCUGGAUGGAGUUGUGGUGUUUGCUGAUGAUAGUAAUAUGCAUAGUAUGGAGUUGUUUGAUGAGGCGCAAAAUGUGAAAUGGAUUGGGGCUGUUUCGGUUGGAAUAUUGCUUCAUUCGGAUGAAUCUUCGUAUAUGGUUCAAAGUGAGGAGGAGGGUGCUUCUAUGCCUGUCCAAGGUCCUGCUUGCAAUGCUACGGAUAAGUUGGUUGGGUGGCAUACUUUCAAUUCGUUGCGGUAUACAGGGAGGAGUGCGGUUUAUAUUGACGACAGGGCGCCUGUGCUGCCCAGAAAGCUUGAGUGGUCUGGAUUUGUGUUGAAUUCCUGGUUGGUUUGGAAGGAUGCGGAUGGUAAGCCAGAGUGGGUUAAGGAUCUUGAUGAAUUGGAUGGGGUUGAUGAAGAGAUAGAGAGUCCAUUGUCCUUGCUCAAGAGCACCUCUGUGGUAGAGCCGCUUGGGAAUUGUGGACGGCAAGUUUUGCUUUGGUGGCUGCGGGUUGAAGCUCGCACGGACAGUAAAUUUCCUUCUCGAUGGAUAAUUGAUCCUCCUUUGGACAUCACUAUCCCAUCAAAACGCACACCAUGGCCAGAUGCUCCUCCUGAGCUCCCAUUCAAUGAAAAAAUUUUAACUGGCACACAAGAGCAGACAAACAAGCCCUCUACAAGGACCAAAUCACCCAGAUCCCGGCGCAGUAGAAGCAAGAGAAAGCAUGACACCAAAGUGAUAGGUGUGCAAGUCUCAACACAUUCCGAACAAAACUGAGAUGAUUUUAGUAUUUCUGAGGAAUUUGCUGCCCUGUGGAUACUUGACUGCUGCGGGCCUUCAGCAACAAGAAUUUGGAUUGCUCAAACGGGAAAGAAAGCUGACGCAUUACUGCUACAUACGUCGGUGGCAUAACUUUUAUGGGAGCCUGGCCAGCAAUGUGCAUCCGAGUCUGAUUUCACCCAUUUUUUUUAAUUGAUUUUUCUUGUCUUCUUUUUAUUGGAGUUCGUUCGUUCGAAUGAAAGUUUGAAAGGUAAUAUCAACUUGGUUUUGCAAUGCAGCACUUGCUGCGUUUCAGGAAGCCUGUAUUCAAUUUUAUUCCAUGUUAAUACAUAUUCUUCUCGAUAGGAUUAUACAAUUGUCAUGUAUUCUUGCACAGACACUUUUCCUUACAGAAUAACAAUGUCCCCAAGUUCUUGAUCUAA